UCGCCUUGGCGCUCAGGCGAGUCGGACUUGUAUUUGCUCCAUUGCUCUUUGUUUUCGUCCAACACGAGUCUUUGUGUUCGCUCCGCGCGAUGGAAUACGAAGUCUUUGUUCUAGUGUAGUUUGUAUUAGUGUCAGUGGCCAUGGCUCUCGACAACCAGUCGGACUCCCAAGAGACUAAUUCGACGUCGCUGGCGGAGGAUUCUAUAAACAUCACCUUCGAAGACGUUUACUACAAAGUUCGACAUGGUUUCUUGGCUGGAGGGCAGAAGACCAUCCUGAACGCAAUCAGUGGGCAGUUCAAUGCAGGCGAACUGAGCGUCAUCGUAGGCCAGUCUGGAGCAGGCAAGAGCUCUCUAAUGGACAUCUUAGCAGGGUAUACAAAGCCGACCAGUGGAAAAGUGUGUGUAAAUGGCCGGGUGAGAAAUGAGAAGAUGUUUAGGAGGCGUUCCUGCUACAUCUUGCAAGACGACAAAGUUCAUGACAUGCUCACCAUCCAUGAAUCCCUCACGAUAGCCGCUGAGCUGAAGCUCGGAAACCAUGUGAGCAGUAAUCAAAAACGUAGAAGAGUAGAAGAAAUAAUAACCUCACUUGGUGUCUGUCAAGCCCGGGGGACCAGAGCGGGAAGUUUGUCGGGCGGUCAGAAGAAAAGACUCGCGAUUGGGUUGGAACUGGUCAGCGAUCCGCCCGUCAUGUUCCUAGAUGAACCUACAAGCGGCCUCGACUGUUCGAUCUCAAAGCAGCUGAUCUACCUCCUGCAUCUAUUGGCUCGACAAGGGAGGACGGUGGUGAUCAGCAUGCACCAACCCUCAGCGAUGUUGCUGCACAUGGUGGACAGACUAUACGCGGUGGCGGCUGGCAGGUGCGCCUAUAUGGGCUCCGUGCCGCUCUUGCUGCCUUAUUUGAAGCAGAUACAGCUCAUCUGCCCGCCGUAUCACAACACUGUAGACUUUUUUCUAGAAGUAUGUGUGGAGAAUGAGCAUAGACUAGUGCAAUGUUCGCAAAAUGGAAAAAGCGAACAAUGGACGCAAAAUAUACCCAAUGAGACUGAUAGAAAAUUUUUAGAAUAUAAAAGGAGUAAAAGUGAAGAAGUGUAUUUAACGUCAUUACCAGCCCCCAAAGAAGAUCCAACCCGUAAAAUAUUGCUAGCCCUAAAAAGCACAUAUCCUACCUCACCUUGGAAGCAGUUCGUAGUUUUAACUUGGAGAGCAUUAUUGUCCAUUUGGCGCAGUCCGUCCUUCACAAUAAUGAUGACCGGUAUUCACUGUUUCAUGGCACUUUUUAUCGGAUUUCUCUACUACAAUAUUGGCGGAGACGCGAAGUACAUCCGGGACAAUUACAAUUUCCUCUACUUCAGCCUAAUGUUUCUUAUGUUCACGGCAUUUAAUGCAGUUACUAUUAGUUUUCCAGAACAGAUCCCAGUUACAAGACGAGAACACUUUAACCGAUGGUACAACACUGGAGCUUACUACGCAUCAACUUUAGUAUCCGCUUUGCCCACACAAACAGUGUGUACUAUCUUAUUUGCCUGCAUCACAUACUGGCUGACAGGUCAACCGGUGGAGUACAAGAGAUUUCUCAUAUUCAGCUGUACGCUUAUGUUGGUUUCGUUCGUUGCGCUAUGCGUUGGACUUUUCAACGGUUCUAUGUUUAAUGUUAAGAAUGGCGUUGUCUUCGGUCCGCUCUUCAUAAUGCCAUUCACAGUAUUCUCCGGCUUCUUUCUAAGAUACAGCGAUGCACCCUUUUUUGUUCGAUGGCUAUUUCAAGUAUCAUUUUUGAAGCAUGGACUGGUUGGUUUAGUUAUAUCCGUGUUCGGACUUGACCGGUCUAAGCUCAGAUGUUCGGAUUUAUAUUGCCACUACUCGCUUCCUUCUGAGUUUAUAAAGGACAAUGACAUGGCAGGAGAGUUGUUUUCAAUGGCUGUAAUGUGCCUUCUUGCCAUAGGAUUCGUAUUCAUUGCGUGUGCCUACAUAGUUUUAAAAAUAAGAUUAAAAAGCAAAUGGUAAUAUAUCUAUCUUCAUAAUAAGUGAUUAAAGACUGUGAUUCAGACAUUUUUUAAAUUUAAAUUUUCAAAACGUUUUCGGUAGAUGGUGGUUUUAAUGUCAGGGUUGAAUGAUAUGUGUAAUAGUAUGUAUACAUGGAACUCAAACCCAUUUUUGAGUUCUUUGUAUGUAGAUAAUAAUGUAAGAAUCCAUACCAAACUAAGUUAUAAAUAUUAUAUUAAGAUAGGACAAACAUUCCAAUUUUGUGUAACAACAUUUCACAUUUAGGUAUUAUGUGCAUCUGUACUUCAGUGAAUAUAUAGAAAUUUGGUGAACUUUAUGUACAGUUUUUGAUAGCCUUAAGAUAUUGUGUCUAAAAUAUUCUCUAGUACCAUAAGAAUCUCAAUGACGAGGUACUUUUCAUACGCUUAAGUACAGGUGCUUUGAAAUUUUUGGAAAUACAUUGUAUCGCACAAAUCAUUACAAAUAUCAAAUAGUUCGCUAGAAAAUACCUAGUCUAUGGCAUGGCAUGGCAUUGUUAAGUUGCUAAGGUUUUUUUUUAAAUACUGCUCAAUUUCGUUGCAUUUAUGUUCAACUUAGUGAAGUUUAUUGAAUUGUAUGGAAUCCGUAAAACACUUUUGGAUAUAAUAUGCGAUGAAACUAACAAGGCUAAUAGAAUGUUUAUUAAAAGGAAAGCACGGUAGUCGGUAACAAUAAACGUUGAGUCGCAUCAUACGCAAUCUAAGUUAGCCGGACUGAAAUGAGCCACAAGUGCCUGCGCAGAUACAGACUCAGAAAUUCUUAAUCAUAAUCUUUGAGGUAAUUUUUGUACAUGGUAUAUGCGCAAGUGUCUUGGCGAGCACACAUUAGCCCAGUCAAAUAUGAUUACAAAAUCAAAAGGGACACAGUUUUCUCGUGUCGAGAUCAAAGAUUUUUAAAUAUAUUCUUAGUUCUAUUUUCCACCUAUGUUAUACCCUUGCCUCCUAAUGUUAAGCCAAGUCACAUUCCUGGCAAGACUCUGAUAAAUUUCUUGAUGAAUGUGUAUCAGAACACGCGUAUGGUGGUUUUCCUUGCAUAUAUUGUACUAAAAAGGCCCCUACACUCGCGAAAUUCUCGCGUUUUUAAUAAUCCUGACAAUACCUUUAGUUUUUCAGGAACAGAAAGUUUCCUAGGUCCGUUUCUAGAGUGCAAGAUAUUUUAAUGCAAAAUUUCGUCAAAAUCAUUUUAACUGUAGAACCGUGCAUAGUUAUCAAAUGCGAGAUUUUAAAUCAGGAGAAUUUCCGGGAUAUAAAUUAUUAUAUCUCCAGGGAAAAUUUCGUCAAGAUCAAUUGAACUGAACUGAGGUAUCACUAAACAAAUAAACAUUCGCACACAUACACGUUCGCAUGUAUACAAUUUUUUUUUAAAACUUGGUACCGUAAUCAAAAAUCAGAAAUGAUUAGAAACGUGCUUUCUGUCUUUAUAAUUUGUUUCAAAUGCUAGAAGGUAUUUCGAGCGUCGAGUUUGAUUCUGGAGCAAGCGAGGGAUUCUUAAAUUAAUCACAAAUGGUUUCAUAUUGUAUUAUUGUGGCCGUAAAAUCUUAAGCGUAUUUUUGCGAUUCAUAUUAACUUCGCACUCGUAUACUUUUAACUUUUUCCACCUCGCUGGCUCGAAAUGCGCGCCUUAGUUGUUAAUCAGUGAACAAAAUAGUAUUUUUUAGUUCAUGGGCAACGAUUCUUUUACCACGCAAUUAAAUAAUAUUUUAAAGAUUUUUGGAUGUAGAAUGCUGCAAAUUGGUAUUUCUUAUUUCACACGCUUACGAGAAGUUUAGAACGUAGAAUUUUAUAUCGCAAUAUUUUAGGUGUAUCAAUUAAAAAACUGUAAUGACUUAAUUUCGUUUCUUACAUCAUGUAUUUUCUCGCUUGUGAUUUUGAAAAUAUAAUCAUCGUCUGAUUAAACCUACGAAACAGUAAAUAUAUUGCAUAGUCAUCAAAAGCCCCCGUCUAUAUUUUUAGGUGGAACAUAAUAUUAAUAAAACUUCCAUAUAAUAAAAAUGAUGAGAUUACGUGCGGAAGGAAUUUUAGGUAAUUUAAAUACUAUUUUACCUUUUUGUUACUUUUUGUACAUAUUAAAGUGGUGUUUGUAGCAAAUUAUAAUAUUGAUUGUU